AUGCAGCAGGUCGAGGUCGGGCCUCAUACUCGGACUUUGCAGCUGGAGGCCGAGGCUCAGCCUUACACUCGGGUUGUGCAGCUGCAAAUGCUGCGGGAUACGCCGACCAAGCCUUCUACUGGAGGCAGAUUGUUGUUUUCCAGGAGGGACAAGGCUGCAGCGACAUCUAGAUACCAGGACCCCUGGUAUAGCAAGUCCGCUGAGGAUUACCCGGCCGGAUACCCAAGCCUGGCCGCGUAUAUGAGUGAUGACAUAGACGGGCGCAUCUAUCGCCGCUUCAGCUACUUGCGGAAUCGUCUUCUGCUGCAUACGCAAGAUAAGUUGAAUGCCUUGGAGCAGGCUCUGGAGGACGUUGACCGAGAUGAUGAGGAGAAGGCAAAGAAUGGAGAGAAGGAGGCUUUGUAUCGACUGAUCUCAAGAAGAUACAACGAGAAGACCGCCAACCUCAUGCCGAAUGUGGGCACUCACUCAUGUCCGUGUUGUCACAACAUAGCGAAUCAGCAAGCUCUUCCAGGCACUGCGACCCAGACGACAAACUCACCCGACCCUAGCGGCCUCUUGCAGCAGAAGAACAAUGCAACGAAAAGGAUGGAGAUACUCGAGGACGUCGAGAAGACUCUGGAGAAGUAUGACGAGCUUUUGCUUCGCGAACAUGAGAUUUCUUCCAUUCGCGAAUCUACCGCAAAGCAGCGGGCAAGCUUGGGCAACUUUAUCUACAAUGGCAAGGAAUGCGGACCAGGCAAGAACAAGAAGCCUCUAGCGAACCAAGAGAAUAAGCUCAUAUACCGAAAAGACGACUCCUUGCUUCUGGGUACACAGGAGGACGCCUGGCUCGGGACUGCGGCGGAAUCAAUGAAACGGCUGAUGCCAGCAAUAUUGAGAAGGGGAGGUGACACUUUUGCUGCCGGGACUAAGUGCUGA